AUGACUGACACAAAUAUAUCAAAAACAGACCUUGAAAACAUUUGUCAAGCCCUUGGUAUUGUUAUUGACGGUGUAAAGGUGGACCUGAUUCAAAGAUUGAGGAAGCACCUAAAAGGGAAAAGCCAUGCUGGAAGCAACGACACUGAGCUAACCCGUAGAAAUGAGGAGGAAGGUCAAGACACAACAGGCCUUGACCACCUCUCAGAUACAUCAGAAAUAGAUUUGAACCAUCAAGCAAGAACUUUAAGGGAAUUGGCACACUUGUCACGAAAAGAAACAGAACCACGGAAUUCCUUGGAUAGAGAACAAUCACUGAGUCUUGAAAAUGACAGACUGGAAUCUAAACAGAAUUCACUAAACAAAAAACGUCUUCUAUCAAAUGAUGAGGAUUGUGAACUGACAGAAAGUAAAAUAUUAACAGAAUUUAAGCAGUUAGAAAGUGCUGUGUUAACAAUGAAUGAUAAGUUAAAUACUGUAACGGCACAAGCACAUGAUACAAAACAAAAAGUCGAAGUGAACGAAACCUGGCAGAAAUAUAAGUUUGAAAAAUCACACGAUCAACAUGAGUAUGAUGCCUUACGGAAAAUUGGCAAAGAAUUAGACCUAGCAAUGGAAUCUCGCAGUACGAUGGAAGUGAUGGAUCAUAUAAAUAAUGCCCGAGAAAUAGCAUCCAAUCGUAUAUUUACAUUAAGAGUAGCCGAAGGAUAUGGCUGGGAUAUUGCAUCAGCCUUACCUGACACACAGAAUGAUUGGAUGAAAGGGAAGGAUUUGUUAAUUGAAAAAGCAAAGACAUUAGUGGAAGUAAAGAAAAAAAGUUUUUUCGGACCAACCAUCGGGGCAAAAACAGUAACCCAAACUCUGGCAAGUGUUACAUCUGUGAAGGAUAUGGACAUUAUGCGAGUGAAUACCCAUCAGACCCAAAUAAAGACAACUACAAAUAUCGAACUUACCACUCACGAGAAUAUACCUCUUACAAAAGCAAAUACGAUCGAAGCUAUAACAAUGGAGACAAUGAAAACAGGAAGCAUGAUUGACUAUAUUUGGGCGCAAUAUCAUAUACCAGUAACUGGGCGCUUGCACAUGAGACAAUACGUAAAUUAUUGGAAGACAAAAAUACAGCCAUCAGAACUAAUAAUAAACUGGUUAAAAAAUGGCAUCCCUUUAUUUCCAAAAAAACUGUUAGUACUUGCAAACCAACCGGAUCCUCCACACUAUCCCUUAACCGAAGAGCAAAACAUUUG